UGUUCUUUGGCGUUCACGUAAAAUAAUUCCAAUAUUUUGACCAAGGCUAUUUUGACAUUUUUAGUUACACUCAACUUGUCGAUAUUAAAAAUACACUAGCUACAUGAUCCUGUAGCACCAAGAGGAAUAAAUACGGACAAGGAGGGACAGCCUGGCGUUUGGGGAAUUUAAGUUCCUGGCAACCAACCCAAAACCCAAAAAAAAAUAUAUUUUAACAAAACUUUUGCCGGCGAUUAAACAAGUUUUUGGUGAAGCUGCGCUUUAAACUCCCGUUAUAAACAUGCUCAAGCGACAGCGUUGCGAAGACUUCGAUACAUUCGUGCCACAAACCAAGAAGCUCAUUAGCGAAAAAUUUGUGGACCAGGCGGACCAAAAUAAAAUGACCAAAAUUCAUGAAAAAACCAUAAAUUUGCUAUUUAGGGCAGCACGCGAAAGCAAAUCUAUGGACCUGACGCAUACAGCAACAGAGGCGACUACAGAUAUUCCACUUUGGAGGCAGGUUGUGCUCCGUGGAAAUGGCGAAAUUUCAUCAAGCAAUGUAACGGAUUUAAUAGUUGAUAUUUCCUUGGAGAGCCGGAAAUCAAAGUGCUGCCAUCGUGAUGCUUAUGUUCGCAGUGAUUGUUGCAAUUGUUCUCAACCGUUGUGUGAAUUCUGUGGUCACUCAUGUGCUGAAUGUGGCAUAUUCUUAUGCGAUAGUUGCGUUUCAUUGUUUGGAUGCGGCAAUGUCGAAAGACCCAUAUGUGAAAAGUGCACCUUAUUUCAGAACUUAUAAAAUAUUUUAUACGUACGUAUUUGUGUAGUUAAGUGGUCCGAAUAAUAUUAAGGCAAUUCACCUACACGAGUAAAUGCCUCCUUACCACGUAAACCUCGUAAACUUAGUUAAGUACUAAAAGUUGAAAAUAAUAGAAUUUUGAAGUACCAGCAAAGUUGAGUUAAAAAAAGCUACAGCAGAAACUGUUAAAAAAAAAAAUAAAUAUAUUCCGGCCGGUUCUGCAAUUCACUUUCGAGUGAAUUUGAGUAAAGUGCGCUUUGAAUUCAAAUUGGCAGGGGUUGAAAUUCACUCGCAAGUGAAUUGCAGAACCUGCCCGAUUUUCGCAAUCAAAAUUUUCGCGGCAACCACAAAAACGCAGUUGUCAAUACAGCAACUCUGUUGCCAACUUUAAGGGGCCAGUUGCCAUCUGAAAUACAAUUUCAGCCAUCCAUAAUCGACCCCGCUUAUUUACGAGGUUUACGCUGUUACGAGACAUUUCCGUAUUUAGAUGAAUACCCGUAUUGUUUUUCUCUAUAUAUUGUAAUACCUGCGAGAGCUUUACGUCAUAUUUAUAAUUUUCUUGUACGAAUUAACUUAAUAAAUUUUUAGUUGUUUAUGUG